AGGUACAUGAGUGGUGUGGAAGUUUACAGGAGUUGCAGAUGAUGUUUGCUGGUGGCCUUAUUCGCAUAGCAAGAUAGGGUGUUUUUGAGAUGCCGGGGCGCGGGCAGCGCCAUGAUCUUGGCGGCGUGCCAGUAUUAGUUGUCGAAAACGUCCAAGACUACCGCGAGUGCGUUCCCCAUUACAUUUCAAAAGAAGAUAUCGUGCUGGAGGCAGGAGCUGCACAAGGCUGCACAACGGCAGUUGUUGCAAACUAUGCCGCUGAGGUCAUUGGCAUCGACAAGAGCCCUUUCAACGUAAACGUGGCCCAGGGGCGGUAUCCCCAAAUCGCUUUCCACGAAAUCGAUGCGUUUGACAUCUCCGGAAUACAAAAGCUCAACAGGCCUUUUACAAAAAUCUUCCUGGACAUCAGCGGCUCCCAACCCGUCGGGCCCCUUGCAACGCUCCUUGAAAAGUACGAGCGUGCCUUCCCGACUGUGAACCUGUUCGUGGUCAAGUCAUAUCGACUCAAGAAGUUGGUGGGCAGCAGCACCGUCUUCCCGGAGCAGGUUCUUGGCACGACACGUAACCGCACCGCCGCUUUCAUGCUACGGAGAAAGGAAGACAACACGACAGCCCACGGAAACACGCGAUCCAGCAUUUGCACAACAGUUGCACGGCGAGCAGCUGUGGUCUGCGCAGCAGUGGCCGCGUUCAGCGCUGGAUUCAUGUUCGGCACUGUGCGCCGGCGGAAUCAGGGCAAGUCAGGGUGACUAAACCUGGGCGCA